AUGAAACUGCAACUUAAAAUCUGCCUCCAGGUCUUUUUGUGGCUUUGGUCUGAACAAGUGCUGCGAGAUGUGGCUGCAGGCACAACGCCAACUUCUAAAAUGACUGACUCACAAGUGUCUGAUGCAAACCUGAUGUUUGAGCUCCUGCUGGGCGGGGUGGAGGUCGACCAGGAUCAGAACAUCCUCCUGCUUGAUAAGGAGAUGGCAUCGAUGAGGUCGGGGCGCGCCUUCCUGUCUCAGAUCAAUGAUAACAUUCCCAGAAAGCGUGACUCCAUGGUGCAGAUGGUGGACGCGCUGGAGGAGCGGAGGACGAGGCCACUGACUCAGAAGCAGUUUGAUAGUCUGGUCCUGAGCAUGGUGUACUCUGCCCACCAGGCCCAGCACCAGGAGAGAGGAGAGGAACAGGCAGCCUGGGGAGAGGUGCUGCUCCAGCUGGCCAACGUUACAGUCCACGAGCUAAGAGGAAAUCAUCUCCUCAGUUAUGCUUAA